AUGUCUAGUGAGGACGACUCGAUAACACCACACCGAAAUAUCGAGGCACAAAGUGCCUUUGCAUCCACACUGAUUAAUGAUGUGGAAAAGGCUGAACCAUCUAAAUAUGGGGUUCGAUCGGAGAAAGAACACAAGAACUUGUUUGGUUUGAAGAUUCAUACACCAGAGACUCAUGCUGGCACCGAUGCUGUAUUUGCAGCUAAAGCUCAACUGUUGAAUCAAGCACUGCUAGAUGUUGGCAUGGGGAAGUAUCAGUGGUUUCUCUUUUUGACGACCGGCGUCGGAUGGUUUCUUGACAGCAACAAUGAACAAUAUCUAUUUAUCACUCUGUUCGCCGGCUUAACUGUCGGAGGAACCUUCUGGCCCAUGAUGUCCGACGUGCUAGGUCGGAAGUGGAUGUUCACGAGCACCAUCGUUCUGAUGGGAAUGGGGGGCUUAGUCGGUGCCGGCAUGCCUUCAUUCACUGGACUCUCUGUCGUUGGAUUUGUUGUCGGUUUUGCCGUAGCUGGCAACAAGAGUGUCGAUGCGAUGAUUCUUAUAGAGUCGCUUCCAGCAUCGCAUCAAUUCUUGGUUGCAAUGCAGGGUGUGUUCUGGGGGUUGGGACAAUUGGUCGCGUCCGCCGUAGGCUGGGCCUUUAUUGCUAUUUACACCUGUGGUACUGGUCCCGAUGAGGAGAGUACUAGUAGUUCAUUUUCAUCUAGGAGCUACAAGCGGGCACACUCCAGCAGUUCAUCGAGCAGUAGCAGCAGCAGCAGCAGCAGCAGCAGCAGUUCUUCAUGUCACUACGUCAGCAACAAAGGCUGGCGGUAUGUGUGGUGGACCUUCGGGUGCAUCACUCUAUUCCUCUACCUCUGUCGUUUUACCUUGGCCUUUUACGAGACGCCCAAGUUCCUGCUUUCCCGUCGUCGAGAUGCAGAAGCCACCCAGCUAGUCAAAGAUAUUGCUCAACAUAACAAGCGACAGACUUGGAUCACUGAAGCAUCGUUCGCCCGUAUCGACUCUACAAUUAACGGAUCCGAGGCCGAGCUGCGCACCAAGUCUCGCACCAAGGCCCUCGUCUCCUCCACUGGCCUUGCUGGCACAAUAUCUCUCACCCUUCUCUGGGCUAUAAUGGGUCUGACAUUCAUUCUCUACAAAACCUACAUUGGGAACUAUCUCUCCGCAAACAGAGGUGUUACUAAAGUAACCUCCACGACUGUCAACACUCCUUAUCUAUACAGUCGCUACGUGUAUAUCGCCAUCUGCGCCAUUCCAGGUCCGCUUAUUGCGGCUCUUUUGAUGGAAGUCAAGGGCAUCGGACGUAGGUUCACCGGUGCCGGAAUUGCAGUUCUGACAGGGCUUUUUAUGUUGCUCUCUGCUGUCUCCAAGUCCCGAGAUGCUUUGUUGGCGUUUGAAUGUGUUUUGAGCUUCUUGCACUUCGCCGGCUUUGCCACACUUACUAUCUAUACGGUUGAGAUUUUCCCCACUCCUACUCGUGGAUUCUCGAUUGGGGUUAUGGGUUUCUUUUGGGGUUUGUUUGGGAUGAUUGCUUGCAUUAUUACCACGUUUGAUAAUACUGUUUCUGGCGGUGGACCUGUUUGGUUCUGUGGUGCCAUUUGGAUUGUCGUCGCUGGUGCUUGGAUUGCUUUGCCCGAGACGCAGGCUAACGCAGCUGCGUAG